AUGGCUCUCUUCUCCCUUCUCUUCCAACCCCCACAGCCCUUCCCUCGCCCAAAACCAUAUACCAAACGUCUCUCAACUAAGCCUCCUACACACCUAACCAGAGCCCGGUUCCACCCCUCCAACGACUACAGGAUCUCAUGGCAAAAUGAGCUCGAAAGAUCGAAUGGUCCUCUGCCCAGAGAGAAGCUGGAAGAUGAAGACUUCUUCCAAACCGCCAUCGACCGAAGGGCUGUCGAUAACGUUCGCAUGCUGAUCGUCGACGCCGUCCAGCACGCAAAGGCCGGGCACCCUGGGAUGCCCCUUGGGAUGGCCGAGGUGGGGUACCUCCUCUACCGCCAUGUCAUGCGCUACAACCCCAAGAAUCCCAAGUGGUUCAAUAGGGAUAGGUUUGUGCUUAGCGCUGGACAUGGAUGCCUGCAUCAAUAUGUGUGCUUGCAUCUUGCCGGGUUUGACUCAGUUCAGCUAGAAGACUUGAAGCAGCUUUGUAAGUUGGGCAGUCGCACCCCCGGCCACCCAGAGAACACUCUGACUGCUGGAGUUGAAGUCACAACAGGACCUCUUGGUCAAGGUGUUGCAAAUGCCGUCGGCCUUGCUCUAGCUGAAGCUCACCUAGCUGCACGUUUCAAUAAACCGAAUGCUAUCCUCGUCGACCACCGGACGUACUGCAUCAUGGGUGAUGGGUGUGCAAUGGAAGGAAUAUCAAAUGAAGCUGCUUCUCUUGCUGCACAUUGGAAACUUAAUAAGCUCACAUUGAUCUACGACGACAACCAUAACACGAUAGAUGGGGACACAAAAAUUUGUUUUUCUGAAAAUAUUUCCGCCCGAUUUGAAGCUCUCGGUUGGAAUACAAUCACGGUGGAAAAUAUAUAUGAAGAUAUGGGAUCAUUAAGAAAGGCGAUACGAUCUGCUCAUAAUGAGACAAGAAGGCCAACUUUUAUUAAGGUAAAAACAUUGAUUGGCCGGUUGUCUGUAAAGGAAGGCACUUAUAAAGCACAUCAUGGCACCUUUGAAGAAGAUGAUGUGAAGCAAAUGAGAGGAAAAGUUAAAUGGGAGGAUCGUGAACCGUUUCAUGUCAUUCCUAUGGUUUACAGGGAGAUGCAAAGGCAAGCAGAAUAUGGCGCAAACUUAGAGAAGAAAUGGAAGUCUGCUUUAACACACUACCAAGCAAUGUACCCUCAAGAAGCAGAGGAAUUCAAGAUCCUUCUCCAUGGUGGGUUACCUCCUGGAUGGGAAGAGUCCUUGCCGAAUUGGUCUACAUCUGACCCUGUCGAUGCCACUCGUGGGUACUCCGAGAAAUGCCUGAACGAGCUUGCCGAGGCGCUUCCAGGAUUGAUAGGUGGAAGUGCCGACCUAGCAAGCUCCAACAAAGUUUAUCUAAAAGGCUACGCUGAUUUCCAGUUGCCCGGGACUCCACAGGGCCGUAACAUUCGCUACGGAGUUCGUGAGCACGCAAUGGCUGGGAUCUCCAAUGGCAUUGCAUUGCAUGGAAGUGGACUAAUCCCCUUUGCGGCAACCUUCCUUACAUUCUCCGACUAUAUGAAGAAUUCGAUGAGGCUAUCAGCUCUGAGCCAUGCUGGAGUUGUGUACGUCCUGACCCACGACUCGAUCGGGCUUGGCGAGGACGGCCCUACCCACCAACCAGUAGAGCAACUAGCUGGGCUUCGAGCUAUUCCACGGCUCUUGGUCUUCCGGCCAGCCGAUGGGAAUGAGACUGCCGGGGCCUACAAGGUCGCAAUUUCGAACAGGGAUGCGCCCAGCGUCGUAGCAUUGUCGAGGCAGAAGGUGGCCGCUAACUUGGAAGGCACGUCGAUUUCAGGAGUAGAGAAAGGUGGCUACGUUAUCAGUGACAACUCAGGAAUCAAUGGGUUGCCGGAGAUUAUAUUGAUCGGCACUGGUUCAGAAUUGUGUCUUUGUGAGGGCAGUGCGGAGACGCUGAGGAGGGAGGGGAGGCGGGUGAGGGUGGUGUCGCUUGUGUGCUGGAGGCUUUUCGAUGGCCAGCCCAGGGAGUACAGAGAGUUGGUGCUGCCUCCGAAGGUGUCGAAAAGAGUGAGCGUCGAGGCUGGAUCACCGAUCGGGUGGCGAGAGUACGUCGGAGAGAGUGGUGUGAUUCAUGGGGUGAGGGAUUUUGGAGCCAGCGGGGCUGGCUUGGAUACUUUCAGGAAGUUUGGGUUCACCGAGGAGAAUGUCACUAGAAUUGCAAGGUCUUUGCUAGAGAACUAA